CAACAAGUUAUUACAAAAGAGACAAUAAAAGAAGAGAGAGAGAGAGAGAGAUAAAGAGAGUGAGAGAAAGUGAGAGAGAGAGGGUUUGAUUAUUAAGUUAUUAACACACAGUUGAUCAGCCUACCCAAUCAUGGGUUAUAUCGAUGGAAAAUGGGCACCAUUGAUCAUGAUUACCGUGAUCUACAUGAUUAAUGGGAUGGUUAACGCUUUGAUUAAAAAAGUUCUUGAUGGAGGUAUUAAUCAUAUGGUUAUUGCUACCUAUCGUUUGGGUAUUUCCACCUUUUUUCUUCUUCCGAUCGCUUAUUUUUGGGAACGGAAAACAAGGCCGAAUCUAACCACAAGCAUCCUGUGUCAGCUUUUCGUCAGUGCCCUUUUUGGGGCGAGUUUGAUGCAGUAUUUCUAUUUGCUUGGGCUCAGCUACACUUCUGCUACACUGGGAUCUGCUUUCUGGGGCAUAAUGCCUGCCCUCACUUUCAUUAUGGCUUUAAUACUUGGAUUCGAAAAGCUAAAUAUGAAAACAAAAAUAGGAUACUUCGUCGUUCUUGGAGCUAUGAUAAGCUUAGUAGGAGCUUUAAUUCUUACGAUGUACCAAGGAAUCCCAUUAUCAAACUCUCAAGAACAAGCAACGAUUUCACACAUCAACACAGGACAUGAGAACUGGGUCAAAGGCUGUUUUCUUUUAUUCACAGGGGUUACACUUUUCAGUUCUUGGAUGCUUAUACAAGCCAAGAUCAACGUGAGUUACCCUUGUCCAUAUUCGAGUACGGUUAUUUUAUCGAUCUUUGGUACGCUUCAAUGCGCUCUUCUUAGCUUGAUCAAGACUAGACAUGUGGAGGAUUGGAUUCUCAGAGACAAACUCACCAUCAUCACUGUCAUUAUAGCGGGUGUGGUUGCACAAGGAAUAUGUACGGUGGGAAUAUCGUGGUGCAUCAAACAACGAGGGCCUGUCUUUACAUCAGCAUUCACUCCUGUCACACUUAUGGCCGCAACCGUGUUCGAUUUCUUGAUACUUCAUCGUAUGAUUUAUUUGGGAAGCGUUAUUGGAUCUGCGGUGGUUGUGGUCGGUUUAUACAUAUUUUUGUGGAGUAAGAGCAAACAAAUAGUUGAUUGUAAGAUCAUGAAGUUACCUACAAAUACGGUGGAAGAAGAAAAGGAAGAGGAAGACCAUACAAAUGUUAACAAAUUAGGCCAUCUUUUGGUUAUCCCCAUGACUCCUUGAUCUUCAUCCCUAAACCCUCUUGUACUUCAACGAGAGAAAGACCAAAAUGUUAACGAAAUUAAAAUAUGAAGAAGAGAAGAAAAUGCUCAUUUGAUUGUUUAUUGGACUAUUUUAUCACUUGUGUUGUAAUGUUUAACUUUUUGGAUUUUACUUUCCAUUGGAUAAGUUUGGAUACUGUAAUUUGUUUAUAUAAAUAAAUAGUAU